AUGUCUUCUCCAGCAUCUAGCCAACAUUCAAACGACGGUUUACCUUCUAUUCCCGGUUGCGAUACUAUCAUUGACCUUGCCGUGCUUAAAGGUGAAGCCUUGAAAGCCAAGGUUUUAAAGUUAGUUCAAGUGCUUUUCCCUGAAUGGGCAGAAGGUGUUGAAUCAAUUCAAAUUGAUCGUGUCAGUGGAGCCCUGACAAAUGCCGUCUUUUUUGUGAAUGCACCCAAUAAAAGUCGAUUGCUGUUACGAGUGUAUGGUAAUGGCGUAGAUCAGAUCAUUGACCGAGAAAAUGAGCUCUCUUGGCUUGCUCGUUUAUCAAGCUUAAAUAUUGGACCCAGCCUCUUGGGCGUGUUCGGUAAUGGACGUUUUGAACAAUAUUUACCUUCGACCACAUUAACACAUGAGGAUAUGUGUACUCCCGAGACAUCACAAUGCAUCGCCUCAUGUCUUCGUGAACUUCAUGACAUUGUAACAGUCUAUCCCUUCGACCCUACCAAGGAUCAUUUAGAAGUGUGGUCAAAUAUCGAAAAAUGGUACAAGGUUGUGAUGACUCUCUUGCCAAAUUUGAUGAAGAAAAGUGAUGGAUGGGCCAAGAUUUUGAAGGUGUAUAAUUUAGAACGUUUACCGUUUCAGAUUGAAGAGUGUAAAAAUAUUUUACAAAAAGUGGAUUCACCUAUUGUUUUUGCACAUAAUGAUACACAAUAUGGUAACGUGCUUCAACUGGAAAACACAAAUGAAUUAGUAGUGGUAGAUUUUGAAUAUGCAGGAUAUAACCCACGUGGAUUUGAUUUAGCUAAUCACAUGUGUGAAUGGGCCUACAAUUAUCAUUCUGAUCAACCUGCUGCCAUGAAUAUGUCUUUAUUCCCUACUUAUGAAGAACAAAUUCGUUUCUUAAAAGCCUAUCUCGAAACUCCUUCUAAAUUCGAUAAUCCUGCUAUUAAUGGCGUUACACCAGAAUCUUUACAGAAAGAAUGUACCAUGUGGCUGAUGGCCAGUCAUUUAUCUUGGGGAUUAUGGGGCUUAAUUCAAGCAAAUCAGAGUGAAAUUGAUUUUGACUACUUUUUAUUUUCUACGCAACGUUUAAAUGCAUUCCGCGAAGAGUUUGCAAAGUGGAGUUCAUGA